AGCCCCGGGGAGAGAGAUUGUGAAGGGAUUUCUGUGUGUGAACUUACACUCUCUCCAUUUCACAGCAAAACCCAUCUGAGUCUAAGAGGAGAGAAUGGGUGUGGAUUUGAGGCAAGUGGUUGCAGGUGUCUUGACACUGACAAUGUUUAUCAUGCUUGGCCAAAUGAUCAAGAGAGAACACUUUGAUUCUGCUGCCCAAGAAAAGUUUCCAGGAGGAGCUGGGGAUGUUGAAAAUGCCAAGGCCAUGGAGCAAAGCUUUGUGACUCUUGCUAAGAAGAGUAAUGGGCCCUGGAUGGAGGAUCGCCAAGCUUUGAAACCAUGUUGGGAUGAAUCCAUUACUGAUAAGUCGCAGGAGACUGAGGGUGAGGGAUUUGUCACUUUCUCAUUGACAAAUGGUCCUGAAUACCAUGUCUCGCAGGUUGCUGAUGCAGUGGUCACGGCUAAAUAUCUUCGAGCUACUCUUGUGCUCCCAACCAUCAGAGGAAGCAAACCAGGAGAUGAGAUGAUUUUUGAUGAUAUAUAUGAUGUUGAUAAAUUUAUGAAAAACCUUGAUGGGGUGGCCAAAGUAGCUAAAGAUCUGCCUAAUGAUGUAUCCGUCCGAAAUCUUGCUGUCGUUAAGGUCCCCAAUCGAGUUACAGAAGAUCAGAUUGCAGAAGAAAUUGAACCAAUCUUUAGAAGAAAGGGCAACGUAAAGCUGGCUACUUAUUUCCCUUCAGUGAACAUGAAGAAAAAUGAGCCAAAAAGCAACAGUGAUUCAGUUGCAUGUUUGGCCAUGUUUGGAACUUUAGAGCUGCAACCAGAAGUAAAUGAGGUGGUUGACUCAAUGGUAGAUCGGUUGAGAGCUUUGAGUCGUAAGUCUGAUGGCAGGUUCAUUGCAGUAGACUUGAGAGUUGAAAUCCUGGAGAAGGCAGCUUGCCAUGAAAGUGAUGCUAAUGGGCAGAAGAGUUGUUACAGUCCUCAUGAGAUUGCCGUAUUCUUGAGAAAGACUGGAUUUGACAAGGAUACCACUAUUUAUCUCACUCAACCGAGAUGGGACAGAAGCCUUAACAUCUUGAAGGAUAUCUUCCCCAAGACUUAUACAAAGGAAAACAUAAUGCCUGCAGAUAAGAAAAGCAAGUUCCUUGAAUCAGAAGAUUCAGAAUUUGAAAAGGUUAUUGACUUCUACAUCUGUUCUCAAAGUGAUAUCUUUGUGCCAGCCAUCUCUGGCCUAUUGUAUGCUAACGUAGCUGGUAAGAGAAUAGCAUCUGGUAAGAAUCAGAUAAUUGUUCCAGCCGAUAUUCCAGGUUCCUCUGCCCUCAUCACCAAUUUUAUUUCCCCGUAUGUGUCAAAGAAGGAACACUUGGCAUAUUCAUGUUUUUGCUAGUUCUGUAUGCGAAGAAUCGUGCUCAUUGCGUGAGAAAUAUUUAUUCAAGCCUUCAAUAAUUGUCCUUUUUUUUUGUUUACCUUAAACAAGCUCCUCCUCCGUUAAGCAGCUUCACAAGUCAAGCGACUCGUAUUCUUACGCCAAGUUUCUGUAUGAGGUGAUUUUUCCUUUCAAGGCAUUUCGUCGAGAGGACAAAACUUCUCUUGGGUUUAAUGCCGGGCACCUGGUUUCAUAGUUUGUCUGUUACUUCUUCUUCUCUAUAGGACAGUUUUUUUUCUGUUCCAGAAUGUUUGCAAUGUUGAUUGAUGUUUUGUAUAACUUAUUAUAUAGGACGUAUGUUCAUUGUAAGGACUCUUGGCAUAUUGUAAAGGCUUAUGUAAUUUGUUGAAAAGUGGAUUAUCUAUCUCUAUUGUAGCAUUUUUAUA